AUGUCAAGCUAUGAGCUUAUGCCCACUGCUUUGUGUCCUGAUGGGAAAACUCCGGAUGGAACAUCAAUCGUGCUUUCAGAUGAUGUUGGCCAAAUAUAUUUUCUGAACACAGGUCAAGGCGAGUCCCAAAAAGAUGCAAAAUAUGAUCAGUUUUUUCUUGGUGAUUAUCGGCCCCUUAUUCAGGAUACUCAAGGAAAUGUUCUUGAUCAGGAGACUCAACUUCCACCACACCGAAGAAACAUUCAGGAACCUCUGUGUGAUUCUAGUAUGGUGCCAUAUCCAGAACCUUAUCAGAGUCAAUUUCAGCAACGUCGACUUGGUGCUCUUGGCAUUGAAUGGCGCCCUUCACUGAUAAAAUAUGCUGUUGGCCCAGAUUUUAGUAUUGGUCAAGGUCAAGACUACCCAGUGAUACCUCUGGUAGAUUUGGAAGGAAUGGUUGAGCCCCAGCCAGAUUUCUUAGAUGCUAUGUUAUGGGAACCAGAAUAUGACAUUAUUGUAAGUGAAGAUACUGACUCUGAAUACAAUGUGAACGAAGAUAGUUCUAGUGCUGCUGGGCAAGGCAGUGUUAUAUCUUCUAGUGAUCUAGAAUGCAGUGAUGACUCUAGUAAUAGGGACGGCCUUAGAAGAUCAAGAAGGAAAAAACAUAAAGUUGGAGUUGAGGUAACUUCCUCAGGAAGGCGUGUUAGGAAAAGGAAUUUGGAUGAGUGUAAUGGUAAUACUUCUGGAAGUAACAGACUCUGCAAGAAAUCCAAGGGCAGCUCAAAAUCAUCAAAAAUGAAAUCGUCAAAAUCUAAGACAUCGAGACCCCAAAGAGUUGCUGCACAUAAUGCUCGCCACAUGUUCUCUCAAAUUGAUGAAACAUCUACUGAUGGGGAAGAUAAUGAUUCCUCCGACAGUGAAUCAUCAGACAGUUUCCAAGAUCCAGACGAUCUUAGUGAACCUGAGAGGGAAAUUGAUGAGAAGCGUGAUGAAUUUAAAAAACCUCUUCUAGGAAAGUUUGCGAAUGUGUCCAAGCCUCCUGCAUGCUCUGAGUCCCAAACAAAUGUUGAAACUAGACCAAGAUUGGUACUUAAGUUUUCCCUUCGUGAUUCUAAAAAGAAUGUGCCCUCAGAUGACACAAGACUUACCCGGGAAACUCAGGAUAAUAUGCUGUGUCAGUUUUCUAGACCUCAACCCAAAGAAAGCGAUCAAACAAAUUUUAUGGACUCAAAAUCUUUGGAUCCUGUGCUGUCUUCUAUGAGUGCAACUAAUGCGGAGCUUCCUCAAAGCCACGAUGAAAAUGAUGAUAAAAGUCAAACUGACAAUGCUACAAAUAAUCUUAAUGCUUCCAGAUAUGUUGAGGCAAACACAGAUGAGUGCAGAAAGAUAGAGAGACACACACAUGAACUUCCAAGAUAUGGGGAUGCUUUGCUUACUGAUGCUGGAAAUGAUGACCAUCUUGAACACAAUGCCAAUGGGAGAUCAGAACAUAUGAUCGGCAAGUUAGACACUGUCCGUAGAAUGAUUAAUACAGAGCUGACUGAUUUUGAUGAUGCACUUAAAUUUUCCUCAUUUGAACCUUUGUUGUCUGGAAAUGCUCAGCCAAAUGAAAUCUGUGACCUCAAAAUGAAAGCACCUGUGAAAUCAACAAAGCUAGUUAUUAAAAAGAAACAUAUUUCAGCUGACACUGAAGGUCCUUGCAAACUGAAAUUUGUUAGCUCUAAGGCAGAUUCAACUGGUACGAGAGGUAUUGUUAUAUCUGGAAAUUCUUCUAUUAUGGGGCCUAAUCUAACACCAGAAAGUGAAGAUGGCAGAAAAUUUAGCACUCCACAGCUACUACAUUCAUAUUCUGACAAGAGAAGUUAUGAUCACGCCGAUGAAAGGGAUAUGUCACGUAAAGGGAAAGCCAAUCAGGAUGGUUUUCAAUAUUCUGAUUAUGAUAUAGAAGAGCAUAAUUCUGUUUUGAGCAACCGACAUGGUUUAGCAAUUGGUUUGUCUGAUGUUCUAAGUGAUCCUAAUGUUCGACGAACACGAUCUAUAAGGAUGAAGUCAACUUCUGAGGAGCCAAGCACUUCAAACACAAAGAUUAAAAUUCGUGGGAGUCAAAGUUCCAGGGGUAAAUCUGAUUGGGAAGACUCUUCUAUCAAAGUGUCUGAUCAACUUCAUCGAAAAGCUAGGACUUCCAGACACAGGCGUGAUGAAGAUAUUUCCAGUAAUCCUGGUGGUACUUUAACUCGAAGGGUGUCAAAUCACCAUGUCAAAAAUUCGUCAUGGCUGAUGCUGUCUAAGCAUGAAGAUGGUUACAGAUAUAUUCCUCAACUUGGUGAUGAAGUUGUGUACUUGAGACAGGGCCAUCAUGAGUACAUAGAGUCGCGUUCAUCAUCUGAACCAGGUCCAUGGAGAUCAUUUACAGGACUAGGUGUUUCUGAAAUUUGCAAGGUUGAAGUGCUUGAGUAUGCGGAGCUCCCAGGCUCUGGGGAUAGCUGUUGUAAACUUAAACUAAAAUUUGUGGAUCCUUCUUCAUAUGUGCAUGGCAAAUUGUUUAAAUUAACUCUACCAGAAUUGCUUGACUUCUCUGAUUUUGUUGUUGAGAAAACAUGGUACGAUACUGCCAUGAAGAGAAAUUGGUCUUCAAGAGAUAAAUGCAAGGUCUGGUGGAGAAAUCCAGACGGGGAUGGUGGAAACUGGUGGGCUGGUAGAAUUAUUUCAGUGCAGGCCAAAUCUCAUGACUUCCCUGACAGUCCUUGGGAAAGGUAUCUGAUCCAAUACAAGAAUGAUCCAACCGAAAAUCAUCUGCAUAGUCCAUGGGAACUACAUGAUCCUGAUCCUGAGAUUCAAUGGAAACAUCCCCACAUUGACCAUGCAAUCAGAGAUAAACUGCUUUCCUAUUUCACUAAAUUAGACCGCAGGGAGAAAUUUGAUAUCCAAGCAUUGAAUAAAGUAGCUGACAAAUUAGAGUUUGCAAACAGGUUUCCUGUCCCACUCUAUCCUGAACUGAUUCAGUCAAGGUUGGAGCAUGACUACUAUCGUAGUGUGGAAGGUGUCAAGCAUGAUAUAAUGAAUGAGGCCAUAGGUGGUGGGUAA